AUUCGGUGUGCGCGACAUUUUUAAGCUGUUGACAGCAUAGAAACUAACGAUCUUCAAAAUGGCAGCAGCAGAAGUUCUCUUGAAAACUGAGCCAGCGCCUCAAUCUAUCCCUGUGGAUGCUCUUGGGAAAAAGGAGCACUGCAUCCCCAUCAACACUGGCUCCUAUACCUCCCAUGGACUCGCCACUGCUGGAUUCCGGAGCUCCAAGUACACACCCGAUGAAUGGCACCAGAACAACUACUCCAAGUUCUACCAGUCAUUCUCGGAUCGAGACAAUGCCGAGAGAAUCCAACAUGAGUCAAAGAAACUCGCUAACGAGACUCUCGCUAUUACUAACAGAACUCAAGCUGAUGUGACAAAGAAGUUGGGUGAAAGAAUUCACGAUAUCGACUUCUGGAAGUUUGAACUUCAGCGUGAGAUUGAUGAUCUUAUCGCUGGAACUGAACUUCUGUUUCAGCAAAAAGUGAGAUUGGAAAAAGCGCUCGAUGCAACAGAAAUACCGAUGCAAAUUGCUACGGAUAACUUGGAAUGUAGAUUCAGAAGACAAGGUCCUGAUCUGGUGAAGGAUAAUGUGGAAAUACAACUACUGAGGGAAGUUGAUUUGCUGAAAUCUGUUCAGGAUUUGCUGAAAAGGACAAUUGAGCAAACUAAAAACCAGAUUCGUAUGAAUAGAGACGCCAAGCAAAACUUGGAGUUGGAUUGGAGCGAUAAACUAGAUGCUCAUAACAUUGAUGAUAAAUGUGGAAGGUUGAACAACCAAUCAACUGACAUUCAAUAUCAUCCAAACUCUGCUAAGUUUGAGGACAACUCCUCAACACCGGAGACAUGGGCGCAGUUUACGCACGAUAACAUCGUUCGUGCUGAGCGAGAGAGAAUGGCAUCCAUCAACCUUCGUUCGUUGAUCGAUAACGUUCUCCAUGAUACAUCAGAUGAUCUGAGAGAGCAAUGUAACUCGGUGAAUGAAGCGUUCGCAAAGAGAGUUGAAGAGAUGAAUGAUGCGAAGAUUAAACUGGAAAACCAUCUGCAGAAGGUGUUGAUUGAGAUUGGCAACCAGGAGCACAACAUAGCCAUGUUAAAGGAUGCAAUCAAUGAUAAAGAAGCUCCGAUGCAAGUCUCACAAACUCGUCUGCACCACAGAACGUACAGACCGAGUGUGGAGCUUUGCAGGGAUCCUGUGCAGUACAGGCUUGUAUCUGAGGUUGGUGAGAUCACGGACAGCAUCGAGAAACUCAAGUUCCGUCUAUCUGAGGCAGAACGAUCACUGCACGAGUUGGAAGACACAAGGAUGGCGUUGGAAAAGGAAAUCGCCAUCAAAACAAACAGCUUGUUCAUCGACAGGGAGAAGUGCAUGACGGUACGCACCAGAUACCCCACAGUUAUCAAGCUAUCUGGUUACCAAUAACUCAGUUCGAUUUGCGUUUGGAUUUGAAACAAUAUUUACUGCUUGUUCUGCACAAAUUCUUCACUGUAUUAUAAACAGCCACACUAAUUA